AUGAAAGGGGCAAUGCUUACGCUUCAUUUGCAAAGGAGGUUCCUAAGUAAGUAUAACUUUUUCAUAUCUGUGAGAAAAGGUGGAGAAUCGACAUUAAUAAAAGAUAUAAAACAAGUAUACGUAAAGGAAAUAAUAAAAUAUGAAACAGAAAAUUGCAACAAUUCUGAAGAAAAGAAUAAUAAAAAAAAAGUAAAACAUUUAAUUCGAUUAAGCAAAUCAAAUGGUGGGGUACAAAUCAAAUGUUCACCAUCCUUCAUUUAUUUAUUAUCGUUAAAAUGUGGAUAUAUAGAAAGUAUAUGGCUCAAUGUAGCAAAAAACACAACUUGUACAUCUUUGACAUGCUUAAGACAUAUUAUUAAAAACGUACCUUGGGAUACUUACAUUUACCCAAAUUAUUUGAAGGGCAUCCCAUUAAAAAUUACUGCAUUAAAAUCCAAAUUGUUUGAUACUCUAAGUAUUAGAAAUGUCAUUAAUGAGGAGUUAAAUGAGUAUAUUCGUGUGUAUCAAUGUGACAUUAGAACGCCGACUAAUAUCUCCUCUUCUCCUUUUAUAUCUCACACAAAUAACACGACUCUGUCUGAACAAUAUGAUCUAGGUUAUUCUUCAUAUGGGAAAGACAAAGUGAAUACAAUUAACACAGUGGAUAUGAUUAUACACCCACAAAGUGAAAGUAGAAACGAAAUCAAUGCCAAUAUAGAAGAUCAAAAUGAUGGAGGAAUAAAAAAAAAUAUUUGGAAUUUAUUAGCAGUUCAUAUUGAAAAUAAUUUGUGUAAUGUGGAUCUAAAAUUUACUGGUAAAUUAUCCCCUCGAUUUUAUGAAUAUGAAUAUAUAGACCAGCUAAGUAAUGUAGCAAAUGCAGACAAAUAUGAAAAUUUAAAUUUCUAUUCUCUAUUCAGAAAUGAUUAUUCUAUCAAUGAUGAACAGAUAAGAAACAUUGUGACUACGAAUGUUCCCAUGUGGUCUGUUUCUGAAGAAAAAAAAAAAAUUCAAUUAAAAUACCAAAACGAUAUUACGGGGGUGGACUACAUCAAUGUGGGAAGAAACUGCAUAAACGGGGAAAAGACCAAUUAUUACAACUACAAAUAUUUCCAAAACACAAAAGGGAUUAGCAGAGGGCCAUCUCCACCUUUGAAUCUUUGCAAACCAGGGGAACCUUCUUCAUCACCAGAAACAUGCACUUUGUUCAAAGCAGAAGAAAAAUCGAUUAAUUCGAUUCACUCAAUGGGGAACAAAGUAGAGAAAAAAAGGAUUAACUCAAUUUACACAGUGGAGGGGAAGAAAUGGACAUCCAAACGGCACAUAAAUCUAGAUACAAAUGAAUCCAAAAUGUGCAAUCAUAUGAAUCAUAGCAAAAGGGGUGAUAUUUGUGAAACUGACCCAAGCAUAGGGAAGGACUCAUUUCUAAAUGAAAAAUUAAAGGAAGAAUACCACACGCAGAAGCGUAAGUCUAUCGUGGCAAUAAAUCACGAUAUGGCAAAGGAUGAGUUGGUGAAAUGUCAUACUGUAGCAGGAGAAGACGAACCCAUUUUUUUUAAAAGACCAAUUAGUGAAAGUGGUAAUGACUAUAUCAGUGGACGCAACAAUAACAGUGAAUACAUUCUGAAUCGUCUGCAGGACAUGGAAAUAAAAAGAAUGAAUCAUCUUAACAAUAAUUUUUUUUUAAGCGACGACUGCUACGAUUCAGCUAGUUGCAUAUAUUCGCUAGCCAUACAUAAAUGCAUAAGGAAUAGAAAAAGGGUUAACCUAAUUUGGGACCCAUUCUGUUCCAAUGGUAGUAUAAUUUUUGAAUUAUUAUUUUUUUUUUUAAAUAUGCCAAUUUAUAGCCAUAAAGAAAUUCUACCCUUCAUGAAUUUGAAAAUAUAUGAUCAACAAGAAUUUGAGAACAUAUAUCAAUACAUUUUAGACAAUAUGAAUAAUGCUAACAAUUAUCACACACAGUUAAUCGGAACCGAUAAUCGAAGUAUUAUGAUUGCCCAGUGUAAAAAGAAUUUAGUCAGAUGUGCACUAUACCACAAAGACACUUUUAAAAAAAUAAAGAAAAAUAGAAACUCUGCAUCUGUUGGUAGUUCUUCACACGAGCAAGAUGAAAAUCUUUCGUUUUCAAAUGAAAAUUACUUAAAAAGAAAUUCUUUUCUGGAAGGAGUGUUACGAGAUCAUGUGCUUGAUGACCACGUGGAUAUGCAUGAGGAGGAAAUGAAGGAUGAUCAUCCAGAAAUAAGUCAUGUUGAUGAAUCGCAGGAAAUGAAUCAUGUGCGGGACAUGGAUGCAUUGCUUAGAAUUCAAAAGGCACCAAAGGGAGAUCGAACAAAGUCUCAAUGUGGGACUCACCAAAAUGGAAUUCAUCAAAAUGGAAUUCAUCAAAAUGGAAUUCAUCAAAAUGGGAUUCAUCAAAAUGGGAUUCAUCAAAAUGAGUCCCCUCGAAAAUCCGUGAUGGAAAGCAAACAAAAUAUAACGGCACCCGAUGUGGAUACCAUAUCGAUAUCUACCUCAGAAGACCAAAAGUACAACUUGGAAUUUCCUUUGGAUAUUUCUUUUCAUAAGGCCCACUUUUUCAAUGUUGUACCAUUUGUAAAAAACGCUACAAUUAUAACAAAAAUUCCACACUUCAGUUUCUCAAAGGAAUUGGGUAUCAACAAAAAGACUUUAACCCUGUACGAACAGUUUGAACAGAUGCUUAGUUCAAGAAGCGACUGGAAGGGAGUUUAUGUUUUUAUUAGAAAUCAGGUUUUUUUAAACAAGUCCAAAUUAGAAUGGAAUAAAAUGAUGUCAUUAAGAGAUUCAAAGGGAAGACAAUUAACCCUACUUAGUUGGACAGGUCGAAAAAAAAAUUUAUAUUCAUUUUCUACAGAGGACGACAAGCUCAGGGAAUUAGAGAGGUUUAGUGAAAAUUUGAGUUUUCAAAAUUAG